AUGGGUGAGGCCCGAUCUGCCUCCUCUUCUGAGCCCGCCUCUGCUCCCUCUGCGAAUCCCUUCCCCUCCGACGCCCCAGCAUUAGAGUUGGUUGAAGGCGACGCAGGCCGCGUCGACUGGUCCCGCUCCUUCCACGGUCUCUCUGUCGAGCCCUUCCCAAAGGAAGUCGCCGACGUUCUCAUGGCCCCCCUCGACCCCGAAGACAUAGAGAUCAAGCCUGACGGAAUUCUUUAUCUGCCUGAGAUCAAGUAUAGAAGAAUCUUGAAUAGGGCGUUUGGACCUGGUGGGUGGGGUCUUGCGCCAAGGGGGGAGACGAGUGUUACGAGUAGGGCUGUGAGUAGGGAGUAUGCCCUCGUCUGUCACGGACGUCUCGUGUCCGUUGCACGUGGUGAGCAGGAUUACUUCGAUCCUUCUGGUAUUGCUACUGCGACUGAGGGCUGCAAGUCUAAUGCCUUGAUGAGGUGUUGUAAAGAUUUGGGUAUCGCGUCCGAGUUGUGGGACCCGCGUUUCAUAAGGAAGUUCAAGAAGGAGUAUGCUGACGAGCAGUUUGUGGAGCAUCAGAUGACCAAGAAGAAGAAGAAGAUGUGGAAGUUGAAGGGUGAUGACUGGCAGUAUCCCUACGUGCCGUCUCGCAACUUCUAA